UUUUUCAACAACAAUAAAUACGCAUUAUAUACGCGCGAAUGAAGCGCGGGCCGCGCCGCCGACUAUGUUACCGCCGGCGGUUACGUCUUGCGAAUGACAAUUAUGCCGUGCGUCGGCCUCCGCAGCGCGUUUUUUACGAAGAGCCUCGCGUCAUUACUUUAUUCGGCUACGCGACGAGUAGUGAGGUCGAGCAUCGUCAAUCUAAACUUGACAACGCCGCCGCGACGCGAUUUUCACAAAUCAUCGGCGAGUCACUUUGGCUUUGGAGAUCGCGCGAACCUCGCGAAUCACUACUUCGAACAUCUUCGUCGUUUCGCGGAAAGAUCGAAAAACAUGAACGUCCAGAGCGUCGUCGAGGAUCUCACGCAAACCUGUGUCGUGCUUCGCACUGUUCUACGCUCUUCCAAAGACGAGAAGGAAAAGGAGGAGAUCGUCUUGAAGCACAUCAAGGCUUACGCGGACUCUGGAGUUCAAGUCAACGAUUUUGCCAAAGGUUUAGAGUGGUUCAAUGUCUCGGAAAGCUUGUCAAUGUACAAACACCUUGCUGGUAAAAUUGUAGUUCUAGAUUUCUUCACAUACUGCUGCAUUAAUUGCAUGCAUAUCCUACCAGAUCUAGAAGCUCUAGAGAAAAGAUUUACUAUUCAAGAUGGCCUUGUUGUUGUCGGUGUACAUAGUGCCAAAUUUGCCAAUGAACGAGAUUCCAGCAAAAUUUUAUCCGCAGUUCAAAGGUAUAACAUAGGACAUCCUGUUGUGAAUGAUGCUAAGCUCUCUAUGUGGCGGGACAUUGGUAUUGUUUGCUGGCCAAGCUUGGUUGUCUUGGGUCCCAAGGGACAACCUCUUUUCGUCUUGCUAGGAGAAGGACAUAGGGAAGAUCUCUUUUUAUACACAAAAAUUGCCUUGAAAUAUUUUAAGUCUUUGAAGCAAAUUUCGAAUGAUAGCAUUCCACUAAAACUUGCUCAGCAUAUUUUACCCAUGAAUAAAGGCAGUUUACUGUUUCCUGGAAAAAUUCAUUCAUUUAAAACAGAUGCUGGUGAAAAGUUGGUUGUCUCUGAUACAGGCAACAACAGAAUUUUAAUUAUGGGAAAGGAUGGCAAAGUUGAACACGUUGUUGGUGGAUAUUCUCCUGGUUUCAAAGAUGGAGAUUUUGAAACAGCCCGAUUCAAUGCACCACAGGGUGUUUGUGUACUUAAGGAUGAUGUCUUUGUUGCAGACAAUGAAAAUCAUGCUAUUAGAAAAAUAAAUUUAAAAACAAAAACGGUAAUCAGCAUUGCUGGGACUGGAUCCCAAGGACGUGAUUACACUGGAGGCAAGAUAGGAAAAGAACAAGAAUUAUCAUCCCCAUGGGAUGUUGCUAUUUACCAACACGAGCAAAAGGGAGAAACUGUGCCAGUUCUUUUAAUAGCCAUUGCUGGUUCACAUCAGAUUUGGGCUCUAUUUUUGGAAGAUACUAUAUGGUGGAAAAAUAAGCAAUGCAAAGCAGGAACGUGUUGUAACAUAGUUGGAAAUGGAAAAGAAGCCAACAGGAAUAAUACUUAUCCACAUGCUGCCAGCUUAGCACAACCUUCAGGACUUGCAGUAUCUCAGGAAUUAAAAUCAGUUUUCUUUGCUGAUAGUGAAAGUAGUACAGUGAGAAGAGUUUGCCUUGAUGAUGGAAAAGUUUUUGCUGUUUGUGGAGCUGACAAUGAUCCAUCGAAUUUGCACUGUUUCGGCGAUCAAGACGGCAAAAAAUACUCGGCGAAACUACAGCAUCCGCUAGGAGUAGCAUGGAAUAAAUUCGAUCAAAUGGUUUAUAUUGCUGAUACCUACAAUCACAAAAUAAAAAAGACAGACAGUGAGGGUAACUGUGUGACAGUUUGUGGUGAGGGAAAACCAUCAAAAAACAGUAUUUUCAACGAGCCGUCAGGAUUAGCAGUAAGUCAGAAUGGAGAUAUUUUGUACAUUGCAGAUACGAACAAUCAUUCCAUCAAGACCCUCGACUUGAAGGACAUUCAAAAAAUCGAUGUGCUUCCUGUCGUUCUUCCGGCUGAAGCUUGGAACAGAGGAGAUCACACAUUCAACUUUAAAGUUGCUGUUAGUACAAACGAAGCAAAUCUAUCCUUGACGUUCAAUCCCACGUUCAACGAUGAUUUGAAAUUGAACGCCGAAGCACCGCAAAAGUGGUCUUUAAAUUUACCGUCCAUCGAUUGGAAUGCCUCGCAAUCUAACGGCGAUCUUUCCACGCCACUGUCGAUAAAGAUACCUCCAGGUAACGAGGAAAAACAGAUGCACAUUAUGCUGGACGUAAUGACGUGUAGAGCCACGGAAUGCAUCCCUAAGAAGUUAUCCGUUGUUUACACUAUUGUUAGAGAUGCUGCUGCGCCAGCAACAGUUGUUGAGAAGAAAGAGCUAAAUAUUAGAUAGUUUAAGCUUGAAACAUUUUAAUCUGAAGUCGCGGUCGGAUCUUAUUAAAUGAACAAAAAUACAAUAUUAUCUUGAAAAGAUAGAAAAAAAUGGCUAACUUAUUUCAUAACUUACUUUGUGUGGUUUUAUUAAAUUAUAAUUGUACAAAUUAAAAAAAUAAUAUUAUUCGGAAAUGUUAAACAUCCUUAACGCAUUUGUUGAAAUGAUUUGAAUUUGAAAAAUUUCAAAUUUUAUUAAAAAACAUUUAACAAAUUUAACUUUAUCUCAUAAUCCUUACAGAGUAAGCAUAGGGCGUCGAAUGCAUAAAAUUGCGAUUAAUCCGUUUUGUGGUAUUUCCUCUGCAGACAUCCAAACGACAUCAUCUAAUAAUUAGCCUAAGGUUACUUUCAUGUUGUUUUCUCAGUCUUUGAUGCAGGAAGAAAUACGGUGGAUACAUUUUCGACGUAGUAUUAUUACGAUUGUAAACUUAUAUAAAGACAGUAUACUUUAGUUUUCCUUUGCAAGUUAGCAGUAACCGCUUUACGGCAAGACAAUAUAAAGCAAGUAUGUCAUAAAGAAUGUACCUCGUUGUGCGUUAAAUUGAACAGUAUUGAGUUAUUUUUUCAGAUUUCUUUCUAUAAUAAACUCACUUUGACUAACUUGCAACGUACGCCUCUAACUUAAUAAACUAAUAGUUACCUUCUGAUAAAUACAAAUGAUAAAGGUAUAAACUGCUCGUACUGUA